AUGUUCAGCAAGAUCACUAUCACUCUCGUCGCUGCCGCCAUGGCAUUCGUACAGGUCUGCGGCGAGUCCCAUACCGUCACUUUUACCAACGAAUGUGGCUAUGGAACCCCUUACUUGUGGGGACCUGACGGCGUUCUCCUCUCUACUGGUGAUCCUUACACCAGCAAUGGCCCCGCUGAUGGUUUGAUUGCCUACUUGCAGACUGGCAACUGUGGCGACAAUGGUGAAUAUUGCCUUGCAGUCGAGGCAAACCUCAGCAAUGCUGGAAGCAGUGCCUAUAUCUCGGAUGCCCCUCCGCACGAGUUCUCUGUGGCAACUGGAUUCGGCUAUUACAAUGGUUGUGAUGGUCUAGGCGCAGACUGCACUUAUAACGGCUGUCCCAGCCCCGCAUACCAGUUCCCACUGCCGCCCGUAGUCUGUCCAGUCGCUAAUACGGGAGCAUCCUCCUCUAUUCUUUCGCUUGUAACCAUGUUCUUGAAGCUGACUACCGCCAUUGUUGCUGCUGCCAUGGUACUCAGGGGAGUCCGUGCCGAAACGCACACCGUUCAUUUCACAAACAACUGCGGAUAUGGAACCCCAUAUUUGUGGGGUCCCAAUGGCGUACUGCUCUCCACGGGUGGUGACUACACUGUCGAUGGCCCCGCCCCUGGGUUGAUUGCCUAUCUCCAGUAUGAUGAUCGCUGCGGGAACAACGGCGAAGAUUGCACUCUUAUCGAGGCGACUCUUACUAACGAAGGCAACAGUGCCGCUGAUAUCUCGCUCAUUCCUCCGCAUGAAUUUUCGGUGACCAGUGGCUUUGGCUUUUACAAUGGUUGUGAUGGUGCAGGCGCGGACUGCACAUACGAGCAAUGCCUCGAUGCAUUCCACCAACCCGGUGACACGGGGGCAAUUGUCAGCUGCUCCGUUCCGAAUGUCGACCUAGCAAUCACGUUCUGCGACUGA